UUGUAGGUGAGACUGACUUCAGCACUGGCAGGUAUGACAGCUCAGCAGAAUUUAUUCGGAGUAAAUUCAAAGCUCUCCGCGUCUUGACGAAAAUAAACCGUACUUUACGCAGAAAGCAAAUUGGAUAGGUAAUAUAAAACGGAACAUACUUCAAAGACAAUGAAGUUGGAGGUGUUGUGUGGUAGCCACUAUAACACGAAGCAUUUCGAGAUGUCCAAGGAUGCAGAAGGGAGUGUGCGCUCUCCCCUUUCUGGCGAGGAGGAGCUGGGUUCGGAUGGAGACUGCGUGGCGCACAGCCCUGCACCUGUUACUCCGUGCAACAGCGGCACAUCAAAGCCGUACACUCGGAGACCCAAACCCCCGUUCUCGUACAUCGCUCUCAUCGCCAUGGCCAUCCGGGACUCCUCCUCUGGAAGUCUGACUCUGGCAGAAAUAAACGACUAUCUGAUGAAAAGAUUCCCCUUCUUCAGAGGCAGCUACACCGGCUGGAGGAACUCUGUUCGACACAACCUGUCUCUGAAUGACUGCUUCCUCAAAGUGCUCCGGGACCCGUCCAGACCUUGGGGAAAGGAUAAUUACUGGAUGCUCAAUCCCCAGAGCGAGUACACCUUUGCUGAUGGGGUGUUCCGGCGCAGAAGAAAACGCAUUGAUAAAAAAUCAAACAGAGAGCCAGAGGCAGAGGAGCCGCCGAGCAUUCAGCAGACUGCCCCCGCCACCAAGACUGAUUCAUGCGUCAAGUUUACAAGUUCCUUUGCGAUAGACAGCAUCCUCAGCAAACCUUUCAAGAGAAACUCAAACAUGGGAUAUUUACCUCACCCCCCUGCCCCCACCCCCACCUGGCCGCACUACACUGGACUAAUGAUGGCUCAUUUGAAUACACCUGCCUCGUUUGCAUACGUCAAGUCAGCCUGCUACAUGGACAUGGACUCCUUUUCUGCGCAUGUGCCAAACGGCUAUCAGUGCGGACUGGCGUCACAGACAGUUCUACAAUAUCAGAAAUAAAUGUUUAUUUGAUGAUUAACAAUCCUCAUUGUGGACUGAUGAUGGACAAAAAGGAGGAUUAACAGUUUACUUUAUUUUAAUGCCAAGGUGUUACAGAAUUGUUGUACCAUUUUAAGCAUUAUCAGAUUUGAUAUUUUAUACAGAAUUGUUUGUUAUAAAUGUUACUGAACUGACUUUUUUUUUUUUUUUUUAAAACGUGUUUGACUGUUGUGUCUAUUUCUUUAAUAAAAAUGUGCUCUUUACAAUGAAAUACAA